AUGACAACCUCUCCCUACUUUACACCUGAUCAAGAAAAUGAAGAAGAUAAUGACAACAACAAGGAUAUAUCGUCAUCUAAUCGAAUUAAUUUCAUUGAUGACAAGUUAUAUGAUGAUGAUAAUGAGCUAAAUGUAAAAAAUCAUUAUGAUUAUGAUAACAAUAUUUGUUUGCCAGAAUCUACAGAAGAAACAUUUUAUCUACUCUCGUCUGUUGAUGAUGACAUAGAAAAGAAAAAUUCAGAAAAGAAAAUGAUGUUUAUAUCUGACAAUAUAAUAAUAAAUAGGCCAUCAUAUUUUGUCGAAACAUCAUUAGCUAAAUUACAUGGUAGUAACAUGAAUCGAAAAAUAUCAUCAUAUAAUAUUGACGAUGAUCAUUAUCGUUUGAUUUCAAAAAAUACUGUUGAAUAUCAACAACAACAAAAUGGCGACAAGUUAUUAUCGCAUGUCAAUCGUUCUUAUCCAACUGUUAAUAGUCAAACUGGAAAAAAAUUAUAUUUUGAUUCAUCAUUGUCAUCUGACGAUAAUCUGAUUGAAACAAACAAUAUAUACGGAGAUACAAAAUCUCAUAAACGAUACACAACAAAGUCUGAUAGACAAAAUAAAUUGAAUUCAAAAAUGCGUAAUCAUUCACGAUCAACCAGCGAUGAUGAAAGUUAUGGUCAAAAUAAAGGACGUAAAAAUAAACAACGUUUACCAGAACUGCGUCUGGAUGAAUUUAUGCAAAAAUAUCAUAGUGAUGAUAUAAAAAAGUCAUUUGGUAUUCCGCAAAACAAUUUUAGUGAUACUGACUCUUUAUCAAGUAUUGAUGAUAAUAGUAGAAAACAAGAAUGUUCUGUAACACCAAUAAAACAAGGACAAUUGUUGCCCAUAAAUGAUCAAACGAAAAAGUCGAAUAAUCAACGAGAAAAUGAUCAACAGCAUCCCUCUAUUAGUCGAGAUCACACAUUCAAAAGUUCUGUGAAAGAAGAUAUUGUGGAUACGUCAGCGAUAAAAAAGUUGCAGUCAUGUUUUAUUCCAAAGCCACAGGAAGCGUCUAUAAAGAAACCGACAGUACAUUCGUCAGAUCAAUCUCAAAGUUUAAGUAAAAUAUCAACUGCUAAUCACAUUUCAUUGAAUUCUUUGAAAACAGACAUCAUAGAUGAUACUCUUAAUAUUCUACAACCAAUAAAUGAAUCAUCUUUUUCUUCUCUACUGUCUUCACCUCUGCAAGUAUUAUUCGAUAUUGCUCGUACAAAAAAUACUGAUCGUUUAUCAAAAAUUGAAUCUAUACGUACGUAUGUCGAACAACAAUUGGGUAUCACAGCUUUUCUUACCAUAUACAAAUUAUUAAAAUCGCAACAUCCAAUUGAUAUGAAACAAAAACCAUUUUGUUAUUAUAUUCCAUAUACUCCACAUUUAUGUGCAUUGAUCAUGUUAGAAAGUGAAGAAAUAACACGAAAAUAG